AUGUUUAAUAGGAGAUGUAGCGACGUAGAACAUCUUGUGAGUGAGAAAUUUUUUAAGACAAUUUUUUACCUGCCGUCGAAGCUAGCGGCCGUGAUGAAUAAUCGGUCGAACGACAGCACGCCGACGGGCGAGAAGCGCAAACGUGGUCGACCGAGAAUAGACAAGACCAGCCCGGAGUAUAUCGCCAGGAAGCGCGCCAGAGAGAAAGAAGCGCAAGAAAGAAAAGAAAAGAAAGAAUAUAGAAGGCGUACGACUGGUGCGAAAACCGUCAAAACGAAAAUAUCAACCAAAGUUACUCGGACAAAAAUACCAAUAACCGUUAAAAAACCCACUGGGCAAAGAAUAAGGAAAUUACCUACGAAAUUGCAAGGGAAAUUGCCCGUUAAAAUGCAAGGGAAAUUGCCCACAAAAAUGCCAGGGAAAUUGCCCGCGAAAAACGCAAAAUUGCGUAAGGUGACCAAAGUUGUGGGUGAUAAGAAAAUUCUUGUAAGACGGAACACCAAAUUUAUUAGAAGAAAAGAUUCUGCUGCGUCGUCAUCUGCUGGCGAUACAACGCCCCGCGUCAAACGAAAGUAUACCAAACGUGCGCCUGGCACCAAGAAAACCGAUUCUACAACCGGCGAGAAAGUCAAAGGCAAGCGCGGUCGUCCGCGUAAAGUAGACCAGAUGGCUGCCAAUAACAAACAAUUACAGCAACCUAAGAUACGUGUCAGAAGCAAUCUGAUGCCCACCAAUAAUGAAACAAUUACCUUAGACAGCGACGACGAGCCAGAUUUAGGAUCACCGAGUCAGGCUUCCGACUUGAGCUUCGAUGAAAACCUUCGCGCCCUCAGACAUAUACACGAGAAAUACGCCAACAUUGACAAGGACGACUUAUACGAAGCUCAUCUACUGGCUGCAAACUUUAAGAAGCCACCAACAGAUCAGAGACACAGGGACGAUGACGAGGUGUUGUCCGUGCGAAGUUCCGAAGGUAAGCUUUAUUAUGACAGGGCGUCCUUUGCCCGUGCUGAUCAACUAGCUCAACAUUUAAACAGCCACCUUGCAAACUACAAACGACUUAAGCCAUAAGCCCACUGGGGUUUAGCGCUAACGCUUUAUCGAUAUCGGGCAAUUGUUUUAUCGACAUGAUUCUGUUUUACCGAUAGAGCGAUUGCUUUAUUUACAUUAAUUUGUUUUUUAUCGAUAUAGCUACUGUUGACAUAGUUUAUUUAUAGUGAAUUGCCAACUUUGGUGUUGUAGGGUUUAGUAUUGAUAAUUUUGUAGAGAUUCUUGGCCUUCGUUGGUGAAUAAUUGUGCCGCUGUUAGUUGAAAUGGCGCAUGUGACAAAAACUCAAAACCGAGAAAAUU